UAUAUAUUUGUCUAUAUAUCUAUCCAUGUCUUUGUGCCAGUGUUGACUCCUGAGUACUUUUUGGUGAGUGACUGGCCCAAUGUCACCCGGCUGGCUUUGUGCCUAAUAUAGGACCAGAACUCAUGAUCUUCCAAGCUUAACUACUACAUUAGAUUGGCUCUCUCAAAGAAAAGUAACAAAGAUAACUUAUACAAGUAAUUAAAAAGCAACUAGAGGACUAAUAAAAAAUGCUAAAGGAUAUGUACAACAAGCAUGAUGCAGGAAACAUACAAUUGAGAAUCAAGACAACAUGCUUAAUCACACCUCCACAGCUGAAUUUCUCCUAUUGACAUUCUCAGAGAUCCGAGAAUUGCAGAUCAUGCAUUUCUUUGUGUUUCUAGUUUUGUACUUGGUGGCAAUAUCUGGGAAUCUUUCAAUCAUUUUUGCAGUAACCUUUGAUUACCAUCUGCAUUCACCCAUGUAUUUUUUCCUAAUGAAUUUGGCUAUGUUGGAUCUUGGUUCCAUCUCUGUUACAGUCCCCAAAUCUAUGGUUAAUUCUCUUUUGAACAAUAAGUCUAUUUCUUAUUCUGGAUGUGUUGCUCAAGUAUUCUUCUAUGUGUUCUUUGCAGGAUCAGAUCUUGCCCUCCUAACAGUAAUGGCAUAUGAUCGUUAUGUGGCCAUCUGCAAUCCACUCCAAUAUGAAAUAGUUAUGCACAAAAGAGCCUGCAUUCAGAUGGCAAUCAGUGCAUGGGUUGGAGGCAUACUUUAUGCAACAUUACACACUUCAGGAACAUUUAGCCUUAGCUUUUGUUCCAAUUAUAUCAAUCAGUUCUUCUGUGAAAUCCCACAAUUAUUGAAACUGUCUUGUUCUGAUUUAUACCUAAUUGAGGUUGGAUUCCUUAUAUUAGGUUGUUGCAUUGGGCUAAUAUGCUUUAUUUUCAUCAUUGAAAGUUACGGAGAAAUCCUUGUAACAGUUCUUAGAAUCCCUUCUAAGCAUGUUUCUAAAAAAGCAUUCUCUACUUGUCUUCCUCACCUCAUAGUUGUUUCCAUUUUUAUUUUCAGUUUAAUUCUGGCCUACGAAAGGCCUCCCACUAAAAUUUCCUCUAAUCUUGAUAUAGCAUUUGCUGUGAUUUAUUCCAUUAUUCCACCAAUACUGAAUCCAUUCAUCUAUAGUGUGAGGAACAAAGAAAUCAAAAUUGCUUUGCGGAAACUGUUAGAUUUGGAGGAUUCAUCCCAGCUCAGCUCCAAUUAAUUCCAAUUUUAUCACAUAAAAGUGUCAUAAUUCUUUUUAUCAUGGUAAAAAAGAAAGAAAGAAAAUAAUCCGUCUCAACAAAACAGUUCAUGUCAUCAAAAGUAUCUUGUGGGGGAGCCAAAAAAGUGAAAAUGAUGGGUAUGAUGCUUGCUUGUAAUAUAUAUUAAAAAUGCAUGUUACUUUGUAUAGUCACAAUUGGCAUCUUAACUUUUUUUUUACCCCAACAUGGAUGUCCCUGCAUGUCAUCUCAGUUUUUGUCAUUUGAAAAAUGCAGAAGACUUGUGCAUAGGCACUGCACACAUUCAGGAAUUUGUUUUAACAUUUCCAGAUGUUGAAUAACUGGAAUUUUAAAUGCAGAUUUUACUCAUGUGCACUGAAACUUUUGGUGGGCAUUACAAUGCCAGAAUAUAUACAGACUGAAAAAGCUGAAAGUAUAUGAGUUGGAUAUUUACUGAGGAAAGGAAACUUAGUCAAGAUAAUAAAGAAAAAUGAAAUAAUAUAUUUUAAAGAGAUUUUGCCUUAAUUAACUUAAUGUAACAGAGGAUGAAAAAUUCCUAUUAUAGAGUAUGUGAUUACCAAGGUUCUGUUUUUACUCUAAAUUAUCAUUAAAGAUAGGUAAAUAAAAUCUAUGUUGCUGUUGCUUCCUUGAUCUUGCUUGUAGAAAAUAGUUUUUAAUAAAAGUUAAUCAAACACA